AUGAUCAACAACUCCCGCCCGGAAUACGUCUUCAUACGCGUGUGCAUAGUCGGCCUACAGGCCAUCGCCCCUCUCGCCGUCCUCUAUACCGUCUUCGAGCUCCUCUUCUUGCCAGCACCCUCGCGUUUGCCGACAGCGCUGCGUAUCUGGCUGCGAGUCGAGGCAAUCUUCUAUCUCUUCCUCUCCAUCCCAUACCGAUCAUACUUGCAGCGAGAUGCUACCCACCCGCCCUUGAAAUCCAAACAAGACCGCCAGGAGCUCUUCAGCCGCGUGGUGAACAAUACGGAGAGAGAACAGCUCGAAAGACAUGUCUGCUUCUGGUUCAAGGGCGCCAAGUUUGAUGAGAUCGGUAGGGAGGAUAUCAAGAGUUGGGUUUCGUGGGCUUUCUUCGAAGGCAGAACAGAACAUCUCGACGAUGAAGAGUUGGAGGAGUACGUCCGAGGGCUUGAGGGAAUGCUAGGUCGCACUUUUCAGGAUGGCAAGGGAAAGGCUGUGCCACUGCGCUUGACGCUGGAUCCGAUUGAGAUGCAACAUCGAAGCUUACUCUGGUACCUUGUACGUAUCAUCAAUCCAAAUACCAUCGCGCCCCCUGUACUGAUUCCUGUUCGCAAGAUGGUUGGAAUUGUCGACCUCAUAACCUACGUCCGCAUGUGGUUUUACGGCUAUCAGUUUUACCGCCAAUCAUUGAGUGAUUUCUUGACUCUCUUUCCAUUUCGGCCUAUUGCUCUCACGGCGAGACACCGCUCACCUGCCAAACAUUUGACAUAUUGGCUUCGACCACACACGUCAAAGAAACGGCUGCCGAUUGUCUUUAUCCAUGGGAUAGGAAUCGGUACGUUCAAUCAAGACUACGGUCAAGACAUUCGCCCUUAUUUCCCGUGCUAAUCUCAAGCAGGUCUCUAUCCCUACGUCGACUUCCUGCACGACCUCCAAUCCCAAGACCACCAAGACGGUCAAGUAGGCAUCCUCGCCCUCGAGCUCAUGCCCAUAUGUUUCCGCAUCACCCACCCCAUGCCCUCCAAAGACAACCUCUGCGCCGAGAUCCUCCAAAUUCUCCGGUACCACAACAUCACCUCCUUCGUGCUCGCAACACACAGUUACGGAAGCGUAAUCACAACCCACAUGCUCUCCAACCCCACUCUCCAACCCAAGAUAUCCUCAAUCCUACUCAUCGAUCCGGUAACGUUUCUCUUACAUACUCCGGACGUGGCUUAUAAUUUCACAACCCGGAAACCAAAGGAGGCGAAUGAAUGGCAAUUAUGGUAUUUUGCGUCCAAGGAUCCCGGGGUGGCGCAUACGCUUGGGCGGCACUUUCAUUGGGCGCAGAAUGCGCUCUGGUUGGAGGAGGAAUUGGUACCGCUUGUGAGGCAGGGGUUGAGGGUUACUGUGAUCUUGUCUGGGAGGGAUUUGAUUGUCGACGCGGAGGCUGUGGGUAGGCAUCUUGCUUCUGGGGCCAGUAAGGCAGGGCGUGGCACGAUGAGUGAUGAUAGAAGUGAUGGGUGGAAGAAUGAGCCAUGGCAAGGCGAAGGGUUGGAACUCUUGUGGUUCGAAGAUACAGACCACGCGCAAGUUUUCGACUCCAAAACGAAGCGGAAGAGAUUGUUGCAUGUUGUGGCGAGGUACUGUACAGGCAAAUAG